AUGAUUUCCCUUGCAGUUUUUAUGUUGAAAUACUGUAGAUUAAACUUUAAGUAUCUUUUGCAAAUCAUAUACUCUUCAGUGAAGCUGAGAAUUGAUAGGUCUGCUCUUCACAGUGAUUUGGAACUUUCCAGUCCCAGAGGAAGUUUGACCAAGCCAGUCCAGGCUACUCUGUCAUCUUUGAAGAUGUUAGAUGUGGGAAAGUGGCCAAUUUUCUCCCUUUGUUCUGAGGAAGAACUGCAGUUAGUUCGUCAGGCCUGUGUCUUUGGCAGUGCCAGCAAUGAACUUCUGUAUACUACAGUAAAUGAUGAGGUCUUUGUGCUUGGCACAAACUGCUGUGGUUGUUUGGGAUUAGGUGAUGUCCAGAGCACCAUUGAACCUCGGAGACUGGAUUCUUUAAGUGGCAAAAAAAUCGCCUGCCUCAGCUACGGGAGUGGGCCACACAUUGUUCUUGCAACAACAGAAGGAGAAGUCUUUACCUGGGGUCAUAAUGCUUACAGUCAGCUGGGCAACGGGACAACUAAUGCUGGUCUAGUGCCCUAUCAUAUCUCUACUAAUCUGUCGAACAAGCAAGUCAUUGAAGUGGCCUGUGGGUCUUACCAUUCUUUGGUGCUAACAUCUGAUGGAGAGGUAUUUGCAUGGGGUUAUAAUAACUCUGGGCAGGUAGGGUCUGGAUCAACAGCCAAUCAGCCGAUCCCUCGAAGAGUCACUGGCUGCUUACAGAAUAAAGUGGUUGUGAACAUAGCCUGCGGGCAGAUGUGCUCGAUGGCAGUGGUGAACACCGGGGAGGUCUUUGUCUGGGGCUACAAUGGAAAUGGGCAGCUGGGACUCGGCAGCAGCGGCAACCAGCCAACCCCCUGCAGGGUGGCAGCUCUCCAAGGCAUUCGUGUCCAGCGGGUUGCCUGUGGCUAUGCACACACUUUAGUAUUAACAGAUGAAGGUCAAGUGUAUGCUUGGGGCGCAAAUUCUUACGGCCAGUUGGGUACUGGCAAUAAAAGUAACCAGUCCUACCCUACCCCUGUCAUUCUGGAAAAGGACAGAAUUAUAGAGAUUGCAGCCUGCCACUCGGCGCACACGUCGGCCGCCAAGACGCAGGGCGGCCACGUGUACAUGUGGGGCCAGUGCCGCGGCCAGUCGGUGACCCUGCCGCACCUCACGCACUUCUCCUCCACCGAUGACGUGUUCGCCUGCUUCGCCACGCCCGCCGUCACGUGGCGCCUCCUGUCUGUGGAACCUGACGACCACCUCACAGUGGCCGAGUCCCUGAAGAGGGAAUUUGACAACCCCAACACCGCAGACCUGAAAUUUCUGGUGGAUGGAAAGUACAUUUAUGUGCAUAAAGUCCUUCUCAAAAUCAGGUGUGAGCAUUUUCGCUCUUCAUUGGAAGACAACGAGGAUGAUAUUGUAGAAAUGAGUGAAUUUUCGUAUCCUGUUUACCGAGCCUUCCUGGAGUACCUGUACACAGACAACAUCAGCCUGUCCCCCGAGGAGGCAGUAGGAUUGCUUGAUUUGGCUACAUUUUAUAGAGAAAAUCGUUUGAAAAAACUCUGCCAACAAACUAUCAAGCAAGGAAUCUGCGAGGAGAAUGCCAUCGCGCUGCUGUCGGCCGCGGUGAAGUAUGAAGCUCAGGACUUAGAAGAAUUCUGCUUCAGGUUUUGCAUAAACCAUUUGACUGUAGUAACACAGACUUCGGGCUUUGCAGAAAUGGACCAUGAUCUCUUGAAGAACUUUAUCAGCAAAGCAAGCAGAGUUGGAGCCUUUAAAAACUGA